AUGACCAGUGUUCCUCUUGGUAUUGAUUUUGGUAACCAUACCGCUGUUCUGGGUGUUGCCCGUAACCGUGGUAUUGAUAUUGUUGUUAACGAAGUCUCGAACCGUGCUACUCCUUCUCUUGUUGGCUUCGGCUGGAAAAACCGUUUUCUCGGAGAGGCUGCUAAAGGCCAGGAGACUUCCAACGUGAAAAACACUAUCGGUUCGCUGAAACGCCUUAUUGGUCGAACUGCUGAAGACCCUGAAGUUGACGUCGAGAAGGAUUUCAAUGGUUCUGCUAUCGGCGCUGUCAAGAACGAGACAGGUGUCAAAGUCCAGUAUGCCGGCAAGAGCCACGAAUUCACUUUCACCCAGCUUGCUGGUAUGUACUUUAGCAAACUACGUCAGACUGUUAUCGAUGACACCAAGGGUAAUGUAAACGAUGUUGUUAUCGCUGUCCCUGCCUACUUCACCGACAGCCAGCGACGAGCAGUUGCCAAUGCCGCCGUUAUUGCCAACCUCAACCCUGUCCGUAUCGUGAACGAUACUUCUGCUGCGGCCGUUGGCUACGGUGUUUUCCGCACUGAUUUGCCGGAGGACAAACCUCGCUACGUUGCUAUUGUCGAUGUUGGUCAUUCAGAUUACACCGUUUCUGUCCUCGCUUUCAAGAAGGGUGAGGCUAAGGUACUUGCAACCGUUUGCGACAAGUCAUUUGGUGGCCGUGUUCUCGAUCUUGCUAUCGCAAAGCACUUCCAGAAAGUUUUCCUUGAGAAGUACAAAAUCGAUGUUCGCACAAACCCCAAGGCUUGGGCUCGUGUCCUUCUCCAGGCUGAACGUUUGAAGAAGAUUCUCUCCGCCAACACGCAGGCGCAGUUCAAUGUCGAGUCACUUAUGAAUGAUAUCGAUGUCUCUGCAACUAUGGAGCGCUCGGAACUUGAACAGUAUCUAGAGCCUUAUCUCAGCAGAAUCUCGGACCCUGUCAAGAAAGCUCUGGCAACUGCCAAGCUUUCUGUCGAGGAUCUUGACUCAGUCGAGCUCAUUGGCGGCUGCACUCGUGUGCCUUGCGUCAAGGAGAAGAUCAGUGAGGCUUUUGCUGGAAAGCAGCUCUCUUUCACCUUGAAUCAGGAUGAGGCUAUUGCCCGUGGUGCUGCUUUCUUGUGUGCUGCUCACUCCCCGACUGUCCGCGUUCGUCCUUUCAAAUUCGAAGAUUACAACCAGCGCUCGGUCACAUUCUUCUGGGAGAAGACACCCGACGAGGAUAUCGACCACUUGGAAGUGUUCCCUGCUGGAAGCUCGUACCCUGCUACUAAGGUAGUGACCCUUUUCCGCACUGGUGAUUUCGCCCUCGAGGCUAAUUAUACUGUACCUGAGGAGCUCGAUCCUGGCUUCUCCGCUUUCAUUGGCAAGUGGAACGUGUCUGGUGUUAAACCUGCUGAUAAUGGCGAUGCGGUUGCCGUCAAGAUUAAGCUGCGCCAAGACGCCAGCGGUUUUUACAUUGUUGAGUCUGCAUACACCGCUGAGGAGGUCACUGUUGAGGAGCCUGUCGAACCUAAAGAAGGUGAGGAGGUUGAUGAGGACAAGGAGCCUGAGACGCGUACUGUUAAGAAGUGGGUCAAGAAGGAUGAUCUCACCAUCACCCACACUUCCAGUGGUAUUUCUGAGAAAGAGCUGAAUGAACUUGUUGAGUUCGAAGGUCAGAUGUCUGCCGAUGAUAAGCUCGUUUUCGAGACCGAGGAUCGCAAGAACGCUCUGGAGGAGUAUAUUUACGAAAUCCGCGAUAAGAUGGAUGGCCCUUAUAAAGAUUUUGCUAGCGCAGAUGAGAAGGAACGUCUUCUUGACCUGGCCACCCAAGCCGAAGAGUGGCUUUACGGAGAUGGUGAAGAUUCUACUAAGGGUAAAUAUGUUGCCAAGCUCGAGGAGCUCCAGUCUAUUGGCAACCUCAUCAAGGGUCGCUACAUUUCUAAGCAAGAAGAGGAACGCCAGGCAAAGAUGGCAGCUCGUGAAGCUGAGGAGCAGCGCAAAAUGGCAGAAAAGCUCCAAGCCGCUCGCGAAGCAGAGGCUGCCAAAGCUGCCGAGGAUAAACCCUCCACUGAAGAUGUUGAUAUGGUCGAUGAGGUAGACGAAUAG